UGCUGGACCUGUGCUACCGUGACUCCACGUGCCGCGCGUACGACAUCCUGAGCGUGCAGAGCGUGGACUGGAAGCACAAGACGGCCGUGGACAUCGCGGCCGAGGCCGAGAACCGCACCUUCCUGGCGCACCCGUGCUGCCAGAAGUGGCUCACGAACCAGUUCCUCGGACGGAUCAGCGUCCGCGACAUCACCUGGGGGGUGCUCAGCGUCCCGCUCUGGCUCAAGAUCAUCCUCUGUGCGUUCACGGUCCUGCCUAUGUACCUCUGGGUGCGAUUCAAGAGUGAUCCCCAUCAAAUGGAUUACGGAGACGAUCUUCUACGUGAUGUUUCUGGGCACAUUCAGCGUGGCCGUGCUCUGGCCUUCGUGCGGGAACAUGACCCUGGACAUCGUCACCGUGUUCUGGAUCUUCCUCAUCGCUAUGGAGACCAUCGACCGAACCUACCGCUUGCACCUUACGAACAUGCACGUGCCGCUGAUCUCCAAGUGCGUGGAGGUGUUCGUGACGAUCUUCUUCGGCGUGAUGUACGCGGCGGCCCGGCUGCUCGGGCUCAGCCUGUUCCGCGACCCGUACAACGGCAAGGUGCUCAUCUGCGUGGGCCUGCUCUACUUCUACUACCGGCAGACGCUCAUCUACCUGCCCAUCUCGCCCCAGCUGGGACCCCUCCUCUACCGCGUCAAGCUCAUGGUGAUGCGCGACUUUGCCAACUUCAUGCGCAUGGCGCUGCUGGUGAUCAUCAGCGGGGGCAUCGUGACCCACGCCAUCCUGUACCCGGACUUCCCGAUCAGCGUGGAGCUGUUCCGCAGGAUCUUCCACAAGGCCUGGUUCUCGCUCUUCCUCACGCCCAUCGACGACCUCGAAGGGAACUCCGCAUGCUACAGCAAGAGCGAACCAGAGAGAAACGCCUGCUACUUGAGCAGAUUCGCGGACGAGAGCUGUCCCAACCCUGGUUUGUGGCCGUACAUUUUCGCCGUGCUCUACUUCGUCCACCUCAAGCUCAUCCUGCUCACCCUGCUCUACGCACUCUUCAGCAACACGGCGGCGGACCUGGAACCGGAGUCGGACGCUAUCUGGAAGUUCCAGCGCUAUCAGCUGGUCAUGGAUUUCGCCAUGAGACGCUGUCUGCCACCGCCCCUCAACGUGUUCGCCUACCUGUGGCUCGGCACUGCGUCCCUGAUUCGGCUGGCCAGAAACGCUAUCAGCCAAGGCCGCUUCGUACAGAAGGAGCAGCCGCCCCUCAUCAUCAUGAUGGACGCCAUGAAGGGCCAGAGGCUGUCGGAUCGGGACUACCACUACUGGCGCCAGAAGGCGCUCGAAUACAGCAACGGCAUCACCGGCGUCAACGAGAACACGCCGCAGAAGCAGGCCGAGCGGAUGCUGCUGAUUCUGGAGGACGUGGACUACCAGAGAACCGUGUUGGACCAGCUGCGCGGACAGGUGCAGGAGGUGCAGAGGAAGCUCUCCCUGUCGCUCAUCUACCUCGAGGCCCUGAAGCAGGUCUCGUCUUCGAAAAAUGACCCGACGUCGCUGAGCUCGAUGCAGCAGCAGCAGACGACGCUGCACUACAUCUCGCGCCAGUCGCCCUACCCGGGCACCAAGAUCCAGCGGUUCCCGGUGCCCGACAAGUACGUGCCCUGGGAGGUGAUGUGGCUCGACUACGAGCCGGUCGCCUACACGAGGCCGCGGGCCCAGUUCCCGGGACCGCUCCAGGUCUUCGUCGACGAGGACAUCCUCCUGCUGAGCGCGAAGGAGAACGUGCAGAGCGUGCCGACGCUCUCGUGGAACUGCACGUCCGUCUCGCCGGCGGGCGUCAGCAUCGACCGGAAGUCCUGGAUCGACGACGGCGACGGCGCCAACAUCAUCUACAUGCUCGAGAUGGAGGGGGUUCCCCGGAAUCCAGCCGGUCGCACGGGCCUCAAAGGAAAGGGCGCACUGCCACGCUGGGGUCCCAACCACUACGUCCUCUUUGUCAUCAGCAGGUACCAGAAGUCAAAGACAUCCCUUUCCCAGGGCAGGGGCCUCGAGAUUGCUCUCAUGCGCAUCUUCCGAACGGACCAGUUCGUGCUACCCGGGGACUUCGUUCCUGGUGAGCAGAAGUACGAUGGCGUCAUGAGGGUGUGCUUCAAGAUUCCCGACAACGUGUCCAUCUCAACUGCGGACGACGUUACAACCGUAAGCUUGCAAGAGUUCACAGUCAGGCUGUAG